CGUGUCGGGCUCUCCCGGCCCCACCAGUGGUCUCGGUGCCCGGGGCUGCGGGGAGAGUGCGUGUGCGUGUAGAGGUUGCGGCUCCGCGGGAGAGCGCAAGGAGGCGGCCGCGGUGCCCGGACUCGCUGCCUCGGGCAGGGCUGCACCGGGGAGGGCCGGGUGGUGUUCCCGGAAUCACAAAGUCUUUAGGGCUGGAAGGGACCUCUGGAGAUCAUCCAGCCCAAUCCCCCCUGCUAAAGCAGGGUCAGCUGGAGCAAGUGACAGGAGCGCGUCCACGUGGGUUUGGGAUGUCUCCAGAGAGGGAGGCUUAAAGACCUCCCUGGGCAGCCUGUUCCAGUGCUCUGCCACCUUCAGUGUAAAGAAGUUCUUCCUCCUGUUGAGGUGAAAGUUCUUGUGUUUUAGUUUGUGGCCGUUGCUCCUCGUCCUGUCGCUGAGCGCCACCGAGAAGAGCCUGGCACCAUCCUCUUGGCACCCACCUUUGAGAUAUUUAUGUGCGUUAAUGAGGUGCCCUCUCAGUCUCCUGACUAAAAAUGCCCAUCUCCUGCAUCUCUCCUCAUAAGGGAGAUGUUCCAGACCCCUCAUCAUCUUUGCGGCCUCUGCUGGGCCCUCCCCGGUACUUUGCUCUUCCCCUCUGGGGGCUGUGGGGCACUGGGAGUGAGAAAGCAGCCCCGGGGGGCGGCGAUGCCUCCCGUGUGACCGCACCGGGGCCGGCGGGAGGGACCUGCGGUGCUGCCUCCGCUCCCGUGUCACAGCUCCUCUGGCAGCCGCGGUCACUCGGUGGGUGUGGGGCGUUGUGCGUGACGGACUGAACGCUCCUUGGUUCAGUGCGUUCGGGCAAAUCAGCCGUGUGGAAGAUAAAACGGAAAUUCUGUAAACUCUGUUAGCUGAGCACAUUGUAAAUAACGUCGUUAAUAAAUUCACGGUCUAGUUACAGUGUUUCGAAUCAAGUACCUUGUGGUUUCCAUCUCCCGGCUUUUUUCUUUAACUAGGCCAAGGCAAGAAACUUUGGGUGGUGUUUCUUUAGAAGCAGAUGUUGAUGGGAAGUCUUUAGAUGAGACAGGUGCUUUGGUUUUACGAAAGUACUGACACGUAUGGGUGAUGUGUGUGGUGGGAUGGAUUUGUGCUGGCCAGAUGUAAUGGGGCAGUUUCUUUCCUGUAUCUUAUGGGAAAUGUUUUUAACGUCGUGUUUGCACGGCACUGUGUUGCACUUAGUUCUGAAUCUCAGCUUGAAUUUUUUGUGUUGAAACAAACUAAAGUAGCUUUGAAAGUCUAACCCAGUCCACUUGUGUAUCUUACUUUAUAGCUUUUAGUCAGAGGCCAACUUCUUACUGUAUUUGUUCUUUGGACAUGGUGCAUUUGGCUGGGACCUGUUUUUAGCACUGCAAUAUAAAGAGUAACCGCUCAAUACAAUUAUUCAAAGGUUAGAAUUUUGGAGGAUUGCAGCACUGAGAUCUCUGGAGCCUGCUGUGCAUAGCCAUAAUGAGUUCAUCACUGGUUGCUUAUGAGGAUUCAGACUCUGAGACAGAAACUGAGACGACUGAAGUCCCCCAAGCUUUUGGCACAGGAAAAAGCUCUCAGAGUUCUUCUGUGAGUUGUGGUCAGCACUUUGCACCUGGUAGUUUAGGUACAAAAUCUACAUAUGAAAUGCACCCUGUGGAGAACAGUGGCAGUUCUGGCACAAGCACUGUUUGUGAAGAUCCCCCUGAGCUUUAUGCACAGACUAAUAACACUGACUUGACAUCUCCUUACUCUAGGAGGGUAUACUCUGACCAUGCUGCAUUAUCUAUGGCGUACAGAAACUGUGAACAGACCUCAAGCUCUUCAGCAAACUCUGGACACGGCAUUUCUCAGAAGAGAAUACAUAAAGACAGUGCUACUACCAUAAAAGGAAUUAGACCAUAUAUCCCCAAACGAUUGCGUCAAGAAAAUUCCAGUAUGCCUGAAACAAAAGAAUCUGAUCAGAGAGGUAGCUCAGAUUGUGAUGGUAAACUGGGUAUGUCAGGAGAGCAGUCUUCGAGAAAGAUCUCUGAAUUAAUAAAGCCAUAUUUGGGAUCCAAAUAUAAAUCAACUGAAGUCCCCAAAAGCUUGAUAUUUUACAUGUCUAAGCACAGUGGCCCCGUUAAUGAAAUCCAGUGGUGUCCUGUACGGGAACAGAGUCACAUGCUUCUCUCAGCUUCUAUGGACAGAACCGUCAAGGUGUGGGAUGCUGUAGAUACAGGCUGCUGUUUAAAAACAUACUCCUGUCACUCCUGUGCUGUUCGAGCUGCCCGGUGGUCGUCUUGUGGGAGAAGGAUCCUCAGUGGGGGCUUUGAUUCCACACUGCAUUUAACAGAUGUAGAAACAGGGAAGCAGGUAUUUAGCAGCAAAACAGAAUUUAGGAUCAGUGCUCUCAAGUUCCACCCUACAGAGUCAAAUAUUUUCCUUUGUGGAGGGUUCAGCCCAGAAGUUAAAGCUUGGGAUAUAAGGACUUCUAAGGUGUUAAGAGUGUACAAAGCUGCAGUACAACAGACUUUGGAUGUACUCUUUCUCCCUGAAGGAAGAGAGUUUCUUACAAGCACAGAUGCAGUAAGCCGGGACUCAGCUGAUCGUACCAUCAUUGCAUGGGAUUUCCAAAGUGCUGCAAAAAUCUCCAACCAGAUUUUUCAUGAGCGUUACACUUGCCCAAGUCUGUCUCUGCACCCAAAAGAGUCUGUGUUUGUUGCUCAGACAAACGGGAACUACAUGGCUUUGUUUUCUGCGCAGCGACCGUACCGGAUCAACAAAAAGAAAAGAUAUGAAGGACAUAAGGUGGAAGGAUUUGCAGUGGGCUGUGAAUUUUCUCCAGAUGGAACACUUUUGGUGACAGGAAGUUCAGAUGGCAAAGUGUUUUUCUACAACUAUCAUACUUCUAGGAUUAUUCGCACUUUGUCUGCACAUAAAGAAGCUUGUGUGAGUGCAAUAUUUCACCCAGUCUUGCCAUCACUCCUUGCAACCUGUGACUGGGCUGGAGAAAUCAAGAUCUGGCAAUAACAAGGAGGGUUAAUUUUCAGGAUGUCUUCUGUUAGUCUGUCAAAGGCUUAGGAAAUAAACCAGGUUAUGCAAUGUGAAUUUUUGUUGUGUUGUGUUGUAAGCAGGAGAGAGAGUGUUAUCUUUUCUUCUAUGACCUCUAAGCGUAUGCUUUCAUAAUGUGGUGAAGAUGGUCUUGUGGUUAACUACUGAGCACAGAAGUGUUCCUACUCUCUCCCUCAGCCCUGGUGACAAAUUUCUGACCCUUUUGUGUCGAUCUUCUGGUGCUCAUCUAAUCCAACCCUGAUUUGAGUACUUAAACUUAAGAAAAUUACUACUCUUAUUAUGUUAUCUUUUUAAUGCAAUUUAUUAAACCAGGUUUUGUCAUAGAAUCAUGGAAUCAUUUACGUUGGAAAAGGCCUUUAAAAUCAUCAAGUCCAAAUCUUAACCCAGCACUGCCAAGUCCACCACUAAAUCACAUUUCAAAGUGUCACAUCUACACAUCUUUUAAACAUCUCCAGAGAUGGUGACUCAACCACUUGCCUGGGCAGCCUGUUCAACCUAACAACUCUUUUGCUGAAGAAAUUUUUUCUACUAUCCAAUCUAAACUGCCGCUGUCGCAACUUGAGGCUGGUUGCUCUUGUCCUCAUCAAAAGUUGAAGACACGCUAUUUAACAGAGGAUGAUGUUCAGAUCAAUUAUUGCCUGUUUCAUCUUCCUGGGAUUUCCUGGGAUUUUUUACUCACUACUAUAAGCUAGUUUAGCUCCCUGACCUGAUCACUGAAGGGUUAGAGUAGCAAUACUUCUGAGCACAAGGAAGGGGUAAGAUCAUAGGGCAGGCGGAACUGCUUUUUCUAGAUAUGGUUUGUCUCUUACUGGCUCAACUUACUGUAAAAUGCCAUCUGAGGGUUUCAGAAAAAGGUGUGAUAGAGAAUUUGAACCAAAUAUAGAAGUCAAUAUAUUUGUGUUUUUGAAAUCCUGAUGUCUAAACUUGAAUGUACUACUGUAUAUAAAUAGAAUGAAACUAUGUGCAAAUAUUUUUGAGGAACAAUAAACUUCUUUUUUAUACAUUAUGUAUCUAUUCACUAGUUUACUCCCAUUAUUCUUGACAAGUUAGUACAGAAAACUAUAGUGGAAUUGAUGCUUAGGGGGGAAACAACAUUACACUAAUUUAUUGUAAACACAUAUGCAUUUCUCCAUACUUAUUGAUGUCACUUAGACACAGAAAAUUGUCAUCAUAUUAUUCAGUGCAAGGGAUGGUUUUUUGACAUUCAGACAGGAGCUUGGCAAUUCUGCAACAAAUAGAAAGUUCAUUAGGCCUUCAUUGUGUAUUUACAUAUAUAUAGAUUGUUUGUAAGUGUAAGAUUGUGUUCCCUGCACUGGUAUUGCUUGGUUCUAGAAAAUAUUUUAUAUGCAUGUGUAUGUUUGUCUAUGAAAAAAAAAAGUCUAUACAUCACAGAAACCAUACAUAUUCCUAACCUUGACUCCCUGUAAACAUGUGCACCUUGUAGUGAGUGCUAUAUGCAUGGCUUAAGUUUCGUCUGGUUAGUCUGUAAAGGCAUUUUAACAUCCACAGGGUAAUUGGAUUGAGUAAAUUGUCUCUGUCGUGGGACCCAGAAGCCAUGUACAGGAACAACUUUUCCAUCCUUUUAUUCUUCUGAUUUUUUUCUUAUUGCCACAAGUGCAGGGGGUUUCUAUCUGUUUUUCACAUGCUCGGUUAAAAAAGCUUUUUCAGAGAAAAAUUUACAGAACGCUCAUGUAAAUGGCAGAUUUUAAUUAAUUAAUGAGCAAAAUGUGAUCCAAUGGUUUGGAGUUCCUUAUUGCUUGUAGUAAGAGAUAAGCCUAUAGCAAGACUGCAAAUCCAGUUGUAUUGUUUGAAGUCUGGACCACGAUAUUGUGGCUGCAUAGUUUUAAUCAUCUUAUCAACAGUUAUGGUGAGUCUUAACACAGGACAUUAAAUUUAAGUGAACUGUGCAAUGCAGCAAAAGCAAUUUUUUUUUAUUUCCCCAGACUGUCCUUAAUUUCUUGCUUCCUUGUUCAGCAAUUAGGUGUUUGACAGGAGCCUGAAUUCUGCACUUCUCUUGACUCUGCCUCUAGUGUGCAAGUCAGCUGUACCUUUAAAUGAAAACUGGUUUGGUGAUUUUGAGUGUCAUGGUUUUGCCCAACCGGCUAGUCCCUGGGGCUGAGGAUGGUUUUGUCCAGGUGGAUUUCCAGACAAAAAGGCCAAUCAAAACUCUUAGUGACGCCUUUGCUAAUUACAUAUUUAAGAAAACGGAAGAGAAGGCUUAUUGCGCAGUUGAAAUUAGGAGCAGCAGCCAUGUAGGAGAGGCAGCAGUGGGCCAAGGCCUCCUCCUCCCCUGGCUUGGGCUGGGGGCAGGUGCGGCACUGAAGCCCCUCUUCUCUCUUGUAAGAGAGUGAAUCAAAAAACUUUAGAGAAGGACUGACUGCUUGGACAAGAAACACUGCAGAAGAAAUUCCAGCAAAGAGAUAACGAAGUGUCCAAGGUCGAAGCUGGCAGCUGCAGGAGAGAGAAGAAAAGUACGAAGGGGGACCUGUUUCUCCCCCCUUUCACUCUCUCCCUUCAGCAGGGCAAAGUCUAAAAAAAAAUAAUCCCUGCCACCUGCAGAAGUUUGUUGGGGUGAGGAGACCCCAUUUUGCUCGUGGAGGAGCCUACACUAGAGUAAGUUGCAUGAGGAAGCCGAGACUUCAUGAAAAGGACUGAGAUAAGGCAGAGUCCUGUUGAAGAUUUGUGACCCUAGAAAGGACGAGGCUUACACUGGAGAAGAUGGCUUGGAUAAGCUUGGGAUCUCAGUGAGAGAUCCAUGCUGCUAGUGCUGGAGAUUUGUGACCUAGAGAGAAACGAGACCUACGCUGGAGCAGAAAAUGGCUUGGGUAGGGAUGUUGGGAUCCAUGCUGGACCCAUGCUGGAGAGGUCUAUCAAGGACUAUUCUCCCGUGGGGAGGGACCUCCACAGUGAAACAGGGGGGACUCAUAAACCAUUAUCCCCUGUAACCCUGUGGAAGAAGAUCCAUGGUAGGCAAGUGUCCCCUUGCAAGACCAUGGAAGAAAAAACCUUCAGAGCCUGGGUAACCCCCAGCCUCCGGUCUUAGCCUAGGACAGGGGGUUGGCCCAGCCCUGGAGGCCGACACAGAGCAAGAGAGAAAAAGAAAGAAUUCCAACUGCGACCAGAGUGCUGCAGAGUUAUUGAAGAGACCUGCAGCUCCGAGAAUGGAGAAAGAAACUGCUUUUCCUCCUUAGACUGAUAAAAAGGGGGGAGAAGUAUUUUCUGUAAAUACAUAGUACUUAAGUAGAAUUGUUGUAGAUACAGUUCUUUAGUUUUAGCUUGUUAGUAAUAAAUGUUAAUAUUAUUUUCCUAAA